GUCACGCCGGUUUUCUUCUGCUCGAAGCAAUGGGUCGCCGAAGUAGGGGCAAGUUUGUUUCGGGACCGCGGCGGCGGGUAAAACCUUUCUGAUCGGUCCCGAAACGUAACUUCGUUGUCUGCGCGACAUGAGUCGAGCGCUGUUGCGUGCACUCUGCGCACCAAGACGUGCUGUCGUUGGUCAGUGGUACACAAGCAGAACUUUCGCAUCAGCUGGUUUCUGGGCUUCAACAAAAACUACAGACUGGAACCGCGCUGUGUCGAACGCAGAGAAAAUCGUCGGCUACCCGACGUCGUACUUCAGCCUGCGAUGCCUGCUCAACGACGAAACAUCCAACAUUGCAUUCCACGUGCGAAAGUUGAUCGGUACCAAUCACCCCGUAUUGAAGACAGCAAAGCGGCUGAUAUACAAUGGACGCACCAACAUUCAGACAAGAGGUCUCAUUGUGCUGUUGCUGUCAAAAGCAGCUGGACACCCAAGCACGCGGCAGGACUGUCUCGAGGAAGAGCGUGUGGCAGGCAUCACGCAGCGGCAGAGGUCGCUGGCUGAAAUCACCGAGAUGAUCCACACGGCACAUUUGAUUCACCGCGGGGUGCUGAACCUGUCGAAUGACCUCUUCCCUGAUGCCACCACACUCAAGGACCUGCAAUUUGGCAACAAGAUAUCCGUCCUGACGGGGGACUACCUUAUUGCCAAUGCCAGCAAGUCCCUAACGGAUCUCAAGAACUGCAAAGUGGUGGACUUGGUGGCAACAGCCAUUGGAGACUUCAUGCAGUCUGAGUUCCUGGGAGAACACGACCAGCAGGGCAGUCCCAUUCCUAGCCCAGGCAUGGGCAUCGCGCAGUGGGAGGAGAAGAACUAUCUCUCUACAGGUUCGCUCAUGUCCAACAGCUGCCAGGCCACACUGGAACUUGCAAGUCAUGAACAGGCCUUCCAAGAGCUUGGCUUCGAGUUUGGCAAGAGCAUUGGACUUGCAUGGCAGGUUCAUUCUGACCUGCAGCCCUUUGUCGACACGUACAGGCAUCCUCCUGGCAUGCCAUUUGUACUGACGUCAGCGCCAGUUGUUUUGCACCUGGAAUUGGAUCCAUGCCUCCUUGAAGAGAUUCGCAGCCACAGGGACAAUGUUGAGAAACUGGACUACUUGAAGGUUCACAACACUAUAGUAAAUGGAGAUGGCAUCGAGAAGACGAAGGCACUUUUGGAGUCCUACACGUCAAGAGCCCUUGCUGUUCUCAACCAAAUCCCUCCUUCUGAAGCAACUACCGCGCUUCGGAACAUUGUGCAAGCUUUGAGAGAGUGACAUUGUUUUCAUGUUGAAACUGACAUUUUAUUGAGCGGCAUAACUCACUAAUUCUAUUGACUUGCAAUGUAUGGUGUUUUCUAUCUAUAUCAGCUGCUUGCUUACCUUUGUUUUCUCUGACAGGGCAUUACACAAAUGAGCGCAGGCUGCUAGCAAAGAUAACAGCAGAGCGCAUAUUGCCCACAAUGAUUCAUUGUGAUACAUUGUACAAGUUGCUUUCAUUGCAGCAACUAUAAUCUGCAGUGACAUCGUGCUUCAUAUCAAAAAGAAACUUAAAAUCUAUAGGCAUGACAAGUCCUGCUCACAGAGAAAGAAUCCAUGCAAGCUGUUCCAUUUGCUGUUACCAUGAGUUUUGUCUGUUACAACUUUGUUGCUUGAAAAAUUUACCAAGGGUGCUUUUAAACUUUACAACACCAUGUUUCACAAACUUAGGGAGUAAGAGUAAACAUUGCCCAAGUGAAGUACACCCACCCACUCCUUUAGUAGGAGCAAACAUGAAUGCUCAGUGUUCACAAUCCUGUUAUGGAUUAGCAACACACAGUAAGUGCACUUUUUUUGUAAAGGAAACAGUGGGUGCUCAAUUCCAAAAAGCCAUGUGUGUGGUCUCUUUCAACAGUGUGUUCCAUCUGGUGCAUCUGCAGCUGUUAAAGUACAAUGCAGCUCCAGCAGACAUGGUUGUGUCAAGUACGUUACGACAGUUUUAGGUUGUCAUAUAAAUAUAGAUCCAUCUCCCAACAUUAACACCUUAAAAUAUGAAAGACUGUUGAAUAUUUCAGCACUGAUUAUUUCAAUUAGAAUUUUUGAAAAUCUUGAAGUAUGCAACAAAAUAUUUCUUGAACUGCUGAUUUUCAAUGUUUAAUUGGAUUAGCUGUAUGCAAAGUUGCCUUGAAGGGGAGCACCAAGUCUGCCUUAUUACGAUAUUCCAUCUGUACUAGAGGCUUCAGUUAUGCAGACCUGUGUGUUAUCAUAUUACCCUUGCCAGUGUGUGGAUUUCUUACAUGGUAAUGUAAGACACUCUUAUUUUGCAAGCCCUUAAAUCUUCAAAAUUUUGAAAGGCAUGUGGAAUUCAUGAAUUGGAAUCAGCUGACCAUAGAAACAGUGAAAACAUAGUUGCCAAACCAAUGAAUGACACGUCCAUUUCAUUGAAAAAAUACCGGGUCCACAAAAUUAUAUAAGGCAACAUAUUACUAAUUACGAUGGCAGCACAAAUAAUUUAGCAACAAGCAGCGAAAAAAUUUCACAGGACAAGUUCUGUACUGACAACACACAAAUUACUGCACACAAACACACACAAAGAAAAUGUGCGAUAUGAUAGAAGCCCUUCACAUUUGAAUGUGAAAUCAGCCUGCUCAAAAUAUUUUUGUCCACACAUGGUAGUACAAGUUGGGCUACAAACGCAGGUAGGCUUUUUGUACUUGUCCUAUGCAUGUAUACACACUGAACUCUUAGCUGCAAGUUUCCUGCUUGCCCUACAUGAUUCUUCGACUGCUAAUUGCCGAUUUUUCACUGCCAUCAUAACGAACGUCACUCAACUUGCCAAGUUUACGUCCAUCUCUCUCUAAUGAUUAUACAGUAUCACAGCCCUUGCAUUGGUGCACGCACUACUACUUGAAUCAACAUGCCACUUCAAGGACCCAAUAGUACUUGCAUUUUCCCACUGUGUGGUAGGUAUACCUCCAUCACUGAUCUGGGAAAGGUGAAACAGCCAGGUUAGAAAAGAACCUUGUUUUCACCAACUGUGUCUCAUGUUUUUAUAGAAGCAAGACAAAAUAGUAAAUGAGUCUUUUGUGUUGUUGUACAUAA